AGUAUGAUAGAUGAGACUGCUCUGCAUGCGAUUUCCUGCGUUUGCAUAGAUGAAAACAUCUUUCGAUAUGCAAGAUGGGGAAGGAUAUUCCUGUAGACUGCUUUUAUUUCCAGCUGUGCUCAUUGAAUGAUUUGAAACCCUGCUUGGAUCUGUGCUAAACCCAUGGUAAGAAUCACUUCGUGAAGCGAUCAAGUCAUUUCACAUAAUCAAAGAAUUAAUCACAGAUAAUUAACAAAUUAAGAUGUUUUGUUUUUAGUUCACACACACGAUUUAACCUCCGCAUUCUUCACCAUUGUUGUCUAGGGUGAUUGUGUGGGUCCUAAUCCCUGCUGAUUUGUUUACUUAUCCGGGGCGUCUACAUCAAACUCGAGCCUGACAAGAAUUUCGAUCCAGCUCACAGCUAGCGCAUGAUAAAUUAGCCCCUCUGCCUGCAUGUGAAGAGCUUGAUGUGGAUUAAAGCACUGAUGACCAGAUCAACACAGAGUGUUUGACAGAGAAGUGUAUUGGCAAAACACAUCGGCAAGAAUACCUUCAUCGAAGCAACCGAGAAGCCACAUUUUAAGGACGAUGGACACCUUGUCCCAGAGCUCCAGGCUUGAGUGCCAAAUCUGUUUCAACUACUUCAGCCAAUGGCGCCGUCCCAAACUCCUGCACUGCCAGCAUACCUGCUGCUCCGUGUGUCUGAGCCAGAUGAGGCUCCGCCAGAGAGAGCUCCGCUGUCCUUGGUGUCGUUGUGUGACGCAGAUCCCCGGCGGCCUUUCGGUCUCACAUCUUCCAGAUGACCCGGAAGUAACUAUCAGUUAUGCCGGUCUGUCUCACUCCUCCGAACACUCUCCCAUCUUUAUACACUUACCCAAUAGCAGUUGCUACCUGCUGCCUGUCCCUUUGGACACAGAUGGGGCGUUACUUCCUGGAGAACCAGCAUGCCGAUUUGUUCCUAAAAGCAUUGGGGUGUUAAACAUCUCUGAUGGCCGGAGCCUUGUGCUGGGAGAUGACACGGGUGAGGAGGGGAUGGAGGGGAUGGAGGGGAUGGAGGAGGUGGCAGUUAAGACCACAGCAUGGACAGGGAUUUGCACUGUACUACUUGUGGCAUUCAUUUUGAUUUUUCUGCUCGGUAUCGUGUUGCAUAACAUGUCCUGUGUGUCCAAACGCUUCACUAUUAUUUCCUGUGGAUGAGACCGAUUAAUCAAAUUCAAUUGUAAAGGACCUACCAAUAUGGCUCAAUCUCUUAUGUGAUUUCAGAUGUGAUUGUGAUUAGGUACAUCACAUACCUAUGGUGAUUAUAUACAGUAGAUGAGCAGAAGGGAAUGAAAGAAGUCAAGGGCACAAUCUAUGCAAUCUGUGGAAUUUCAAAAGUCUAUGAAAGCCCUGGUUCAUUCAUUCUUAGGGAAUGUGUUCAAUGAAUGUGCAGAAAUGUCAUUAAAGAAGUAUUCUUUAGCAGUAUUGCCUCCAUGUAUUUGCAUGUCUUGUACCUGAGGGAAAUUAACUUGGUCUCUAAUACUAGAGUAGAGUUGUGCGUUAUUGAGUUGUGCAGUUUGUGACAGAAAAAUAAAAUGUAGAAAUGAAAUUACAUAUUACUACAUAGCUGCACUGCCUUUAAAUAAUGAUCAUUGCUUUAUGUAUUUGAUUGGUGUAUGUUUUAUGGUGUUUCAACUAAGCAGUUUCUUUACAUUUUUUACUUUUUUGCCUUUGAUUAAAUGAGAGAAAACAUCA